AUGCUGGACUACAGGCGCAUGCUGAUGGAAGACUUCUCUCUGAGCCCAGAGAUUAUCCUCAGCUGCCGAGGUGAGAUUGAACACCACUGCUCGGGGCUACACCGUAAAGGGCGCACGCUGCACUGUCUGAUGAAGGUGGUGCGUGGCGAGAAGGGGAACGUAGCGGAGAAGUGCCAGCAAGCGCUUCAAACUCUAGUACAGGAGACGGACCCUGCCGCUGAUUAUCGCAUAGAUCGUGCCCUUAAUGAAGCAUGUGAGUCCGUCAUCCAGACCGCCUGCAAACACAUCCGCUCUGGAGAUCCCAUGAUCCUCUCAUGUCUCAUGGAGCACCUGUACACAGAGAAGAUGGUGGAGGACUGUGAGCACCGGCUCUUAGAGCUGCAGUAUUUCAUUUCCCGGGACUGGAAAUUGGACCCCAUCUUGUUCCGGAAAUGCCAGGGUGAUGCCUCACGCCUCUGCUAUGCACACGGAUGGAAUGAAACUAGUGAGAACAUGCCGGCGGGUGCCAUCUUCUCCUGUCUCUACCGCCAUGCUUACCGCACAGAGGAGCAAGGCAGGAGGCUAUCUCGAGAGUGUCGGGCUGAAGUACUGCGUAUCCUCCAUCAGAGGGCCCUGGAUGUGAAACUGGAUCCUGCCUUGCAGGCCAAAUGUAUGACAGAGCUGGGGAAAUGGUGCAACGAGAAAACUGAUACUGGGCAGGAGUUGGAGUGUUUGCAGGAUCACCUGGAAGAGCUGAUCCCAGACUGCAGAGAGAUUGUGGGAAAUCUGACAGAGCUGGAGUCUGAGGACAUUCAGAUAGAAGCUCUUCUCAUGAGAGCAUGUGAGCCCCAUCAUCCAGGGAUACUGCCAUGAGGUGGCCGACAAUCAGAUAGACUCCGGCGACUUGAUGGAAUGCUUAAUCCAGAACAAACACCAGAAGGAGAUGAAUGAGAAGUGCGCAGUGGGAGUCACCCAUUUCCAGCUGAUCCAGAUGAAAGACUUCCGCUUCUCUUACAAGUUUAAGAUGGCCUGUAAGGAGGACGUGCUGAAGCUGUGCCCCAACAUCAAGCAAAAGGUGGACGUUGUCAUCUGUCUGAGCACCACAGUCCGAAAUGACACCUUGCAGGAUCUGAAGGAGCAGAGAGUGUCCCUGAAGUGCCGCAAGCAGCUGAGGGUGGAGGAGCUGGAGAUGUCAGAGGACAUCCGCCUUGAACCCAAACUGUAUGAUGCUUGUAAGACUGACAUCACCUCCAUCUGCCCUAAUGUACCCUUUGGAAAUGCUCAGAUCAUUGAGUGUCUGAAGGAGAGUAAGAAGCAGCUGAGUACGGCCUGCCAUCAGAAAAUCUUCAAACUGCAGGAGACUGAGAUGAUGGACCCCGAGUUGGAUUACACACUGAUGAGGGUCUGCAAACAGAUGAUCAAGAGGUUCUGCAGUGACACUGACCCAAAGAACAUCCUGCUGUGUCUGAAGCAGAACAAGAAUACAGAGACCAUGGACCCCAAAUGUAAACAGAUGAUCACAAAGCGACAGAUCACCCAGAACACAGAUUAUCGGUUAAACCCUGUACUCCGCAAAUCCUGCAAAGCUGACAUUCCCAAAUUUUGCCAGGCCAUCCUGAACAAUGCUAGAGAUGACACAGAACUGGAAGGUCAAGUCAUCUCCUGCCUCAAACUUAAGUAUGCAGACCAG